GAUGGGAGAUAAAGGAACCAGAGUGUUUAAGAAAGCCAGUCCCAAUGGAAAGCUCACCGUCUAUCUGGGGAAGAGAGACUUUGUGGACCAUGUGGACCUGGUGGAGCCUGUUGACGGCGUCAUCCUGAUCGACCCGGAGUACCUGAAGGAGAGGAAAGUGUUUGUGACUCUGACCUGUGCGUUCCGUUAUGGCCGUGAGGACCUGGACGUCCUCGGGUUGACGUUCCGGAAAGACCUGUUUGUGGCGAACGUCCAGGCGUUUCCUCCGCCGCCCGAAGAGAAGAAGAGUCUGACUCGUCUUCAGGAGCGGCUGAUAAAGAAACUGGGAGAACACGCCCACCCGUUCACCUUCGAGAUUCCUCUGAACCUGCCGUGCUCCGUCACCCUGCAGCCGGGCCCCGAGGACACGGGGAAGGCCUGCGGAGUGGACUUCGAGGUGAAAGCUUUCUGUGCAGAAAAUGUUGAAGAAAAGAUCCACAAAAGGAACUCGGUGCGUCUCGUCAUCCGGAAGGUUCAGUACGCUCCAGAGAAACCUGGUCCCCAACCCACAGCAGAGACCACCAGACAGUUCCUGAUGUCAGACAAACCUCUGCAUCUGGAGGCCUCUCUGGACAAAGAGAUUUAUUACCACGGAGAGCCAAUCAGCGUCAACGUCCACGUGACCAACAACACCAACAAGACUGUGAAAAAGAUGAAGAUCUCAGUGCGACAGUAUGCAGACAUCUGCCUGUUCAACACGGCUCAGUACAAAUGUCCGGUGGCCACCGAGGAGUCCGAUGACGUCGUCGCUCCAAGUUCAACUUUCUGCAAAGUUUUCACUCUCACUCCGUUUCUGGCCAACAACCGAGAGAAACGAGGCCUCGCUCUGGACGGGAAGCUGAAGCACGAGGACACCAACCUGGCCUCCAGCACGCUGUUGAGAGAAGGAGCCAAUAAGGAGAUCCUCGGCAUCAUCGUAUCGUACAAAGUCAAAGUGAAGCUGGUGGUGUCUCGAGGCGGGCUCCUGGGAGAUCUGGCGGCGAGUGACGUCUCUGUUGAGCUGCCGUUCACAUUGAUGCACCCGAAGCCGUUAGAAGAAUCCCUGUACAGAGACGCUCCAGAUGAAGCUCCGAUCGACACAAACCUGAUCGAGUUUGACACAAACGACGAUGACAUCAUCUUCGAAGACUUCGCCCGCCAGCGGCUGAUUGGUGGAGCGAAGGACGACAAGGACGAAGAGGAGGAGCCGGUGGACUCGCCCAAACUGGACAACAGAUAA